CGGGACUCGCGGCCCCCCGGAGAUGCCGGGCCGAGGGGCCGGAGGCCCAAGCCCGGAGCACGGCGUCUGCUCGGCCGCCGCGCUCGCUGGACCCCAGGGCCCUGCGCCGGCCCAGCCUUCUACUUCGCGUCGGGACGGGGUCUCCCGAGGCUCUCGUCCCCCUGCCUCAGCCUCCGCAUGGGCCGGACUCCUGGCCGCACCGCCGCGGGUGGCACCCCUUCCCCUGACGCGGAGGCCCGGCGCUGCGAUGUCCCUUCCUCCGACCGAGCCCGCAGGCCUGGCUUCUGCCCCGACCCUCCCGUGCCUUCCACCUGGCUGUGCGGCAGCCCCUGCCGAGGUCCCUCUUCCUGAGGACACCGUCCUAUUGGACGAGGGCCGCCCCUGCGGUCUUCACUGUCUUCAGAGAUUCUCUCCAUCUCCAGAUAGGGCCGCAUUGUUGGGUUCUGGGGGUUAGGACUUCAACAACGUUUGGGAAACAAAAUUCAACCGUACUAGCGUACACCGGAGAAACUCGGCAGAGCGAGGACCUGGAGAGUCAGCCUUUGACACGGGUGGUCCCCGCCGCCCUCCUGUUGAAGCUUGUACCAAGGGCCAGUUAUGUCCCUUGCUCAAAUUUACCAUAAUAAAGCCACAGGGCUGAGU